AUGGCUGCAACUCUAGGUGCUGGUGAGCAGGACUAUGACCUCUUCCAGGCUCUAGCAAGAUAUCACGCUGUGACCGUUGGAGGUACCUAUGAUACUGUAGGCAUCGUAGGCUGGGCAACAUCGGGCGGUCACGGUUGGCUGACAAGCUCGUACGGUCAAGGCGCUGACAACAUAUACGAAGUCGAACUCGUUACGCCUACCGGCCAAAUUCUCAUCGCAAACGAAUGUCGAAACGCGGACAUAUUCUGGGCCAUGCGUGGUGGCGGGGGAGGAACGUACGGGGUCAUAACAAAGAUCACUAUGAAGGCAUACCCGAUGCCACAGACCACUCGGUGGGUUUGGGACAUUGCUUCGCAUAACGGUACAUCUGCAAAAGAGUGGUGGAGGCUGGUUGCUGAGUUACACGCCAUGAUGAUCGAUCUUAACAAUCAAGGGUUUCAAGGAUACUACACGAUUACUGGGUCAGCAGAAGGACCGUGGACAUUCGGCGGGUACUUCCUCGCCUAUGAAAGAUCGAACGCGAUGGUCCAGGGAAUACUGGCUCCAUUCUGGACGGCGCUGAAUGCCUCGGCGAGUCUUGCAUCUCUGUCAAUCUGGAACGUGACGAGAUACGACACAUGGAUAGAGGCUUUCAAUGGCUUGCCGAAACAGGGCGCAGACAAUAGCGACGGGCCUGGCGGUGUAAUCUCCGUGUCGCGGCUUCUGACGAGGGAAGAUCUAACAAGGGAUGUUGAGGCUGUGGCUAGAAUGUUCAAAAGCAUCGCCCCGCACCCCGAAGAAUCAGAGCUUGGUGUGUCAGGACAUGUCAUCGCUGGCAGCAUGAUCGGAAGCUCAAAGCCUGUGGACGCUGCUUUGAACCCCGCAUGGCGUAAUGCCGGCGUUCAUCUGAUUGUGAAAGCCAGCUGGUCCGAGAGUCUUCCAACUACAAAGAUCCAGCAGAUCCAAGACAGAAUGACUCAUCAUGUCGGAUAUGCUAUGCGGCGACUGAGCCCUGAUUCUGGGUGCUACAUUAAUGAGGUGAGCUACGGUUUCUUGUACUUCCCAUGGGUCAAGCUGACUUGGUGUAGUGUGAUCAAUACGAACCUAAUUGGCAAUGGGCCUUGUAUGGGCCGAACUACUCUCGUCUUCGACUUAUCAAGGCCAAGUAUGAUCCGGCUGAGAUUCUUUGGUGCAGAAGAUGUGUUGGGAGUGAUGAGUGGCGAUACGAUGUAG